AUGCAGAAGGAAUCUGAAGGGCCGACAACGUCUUUGAGACAAUUACUGACGACUUCAGACUCUGCAAAGACAACUCGAAAGCAAAUGUUAGCCGUGCUCCUUUCAGUGGACGAUGCGAUGAUUCACGCGUGCAUCACUCGUCAGGUGGCGCGUCAUGCUCACAUGCGCAGCCAUCCGACGAAGCACGAGUUGAAGGAGAACAUGGAGCUUGCCGCCAACAUCCCAGGCCAGUAUAUCAGCAUAAUAUGCGACAAGAUUGGAUUGCCGAUGACUAACAGACAGUGCGCCCAGGUCGUCGAUGAUAUUGCACUCUACCUACGUGGCGGUCCGGACAGCGAUAAGAUUGCCGUUGCAAUUGAUAUGGUGCAGACCACCCAAUCAUGGCCAAUUACACGAACGCAUGAAGGUCUGAGAAAAUAUACUGACUUCACGAAAGUGACCGUCUACAACACCUGCGAGAAAGACCUCGCUCAUCGUUCCAUUGUCGACAGGUUCUUGACAGAUCUUCGUCCCCAAAUACAAGACGGCCCCGACUACGAUAAACCUCGACCAGUUCCGUUCGUCGAAGUCGGCUUUUCCGACCAAAUCUACUUAAGACUACAGCAGCACUCGAGUCAUACCAACUCCAAUUAUCUCAUGAAUCUAUUCCAUGCUGCCGUUGAGAACAGGUUUGGUGGUAUAUUCAAACUACAUCAAGAGGUCCUGUCAUUGUGCUCGGAACCCGCCGACGCCUGGCUAGGUGAGAUCGCGUUCACACAGCUGUGCAAGGGAUAUGUCACCGAAGCCUCAGGGUUUAGUCACUCCGGAGCCGGGCUUUCCAUUGGCAAUUUCUAUGAAAGGCUCCCAGCCGAGAUAUGGGAUACAAUGUAUUUACACGGAGCCCGGACGGAGAAAAUCGAACGGAAUUUGCAAAAAGAGGAAGAGAUAGCUCGAGUUCGACACUUUGCUGAACCUGGAGCGCACCAGCGAUUCGAAGAUGAAAUCUUGAAAGACAUCGAAAGUGUCGAACAGAUAUCACGAACAUUACAAUCAUUGGAGGAAUUACGGCAGAUAGACCAGGAGAUCAAGGAAUUGUUGGAGUCGACGUGA